CUUGCGUAGGAAAGUGGUACUAAAAAAUAAAAAUAAUUUUUGUUUUUCUCCCCCAAGUCACCGAAUUUCUGGUAAAUCACAAGAAAAUUUGCCAUAGAAUUUAAUUUACUGCUUAUUCCAUCUUGUGAGGUGCUGCAAAUGUUGAUUAUCAUCAUCCCUUCCGACAUGUAAGGAUUCAUCACUGUGGGGUGGUGCAUCUGGUUUUCAUUCAAAUAUGGAUGUGUCAAAGUUCAUGAACAUUCCUCUACCUCCUAUACCUGGUGAACCACAACCCCCCUCGAAGGAGGCACCAACCAGUAAGAAGAAAGUUAAGCCAGUUGACGAGUACGAUGACAGUUUGAGUGAAGGGGAAAUACGUGACUCUGAUGAUGAUGAAAACAUUGAAGAUGAUGGUAUUUGGCUGUCGGCCCUUGUUGAUACAAACACAGUUGAUGCAAACACCACCGCUGUGGAUAUGGAUAUGGCAUUGUCAGAUGUCGACUCAAGUGGUGAAGUUUCAGACAAUGAUGAGAAAAACCAAAACACAGGAGCAGACGAUAAAAAAGACGAAUUGGAGAAUGCAGACUAUCAACAAUGGAAUGCAUCAGAAUAUCCUGAUUAUGACACAUCCAGUGCUGACUGGUACCCUGAUCAAGAUUCUGCAACGCCAUCUGUGAUUCAAAAACAAACUAACUCUGCUUUCGAAAACCAGUAUGAUCCAGAUGGCCCGCCGAUUGACUAUUACAUUCCAUGGAUUAUGCGACAAACAAAAUACGACUCUCAGCCUUAUUAUCGUCCAAUUCCAAUAUUAGAUGACGCAUAUUACAUGUACGAUUGGGAUUUUGGCGAACCAUUCAAAGAAGAUGCGGCAACUGAACCCUUUACUCUAAGUAACACUGGUAACACUUUCUCAGUACGAUCUCGAAGUCAAAGUCAAAAGAAAGGAGCUGGAAGGAAGAAACCAAAUGAUUCAAGUGACUCAGAUGAUGAGAAACCGACGUCCCUGAUUAGGAGGAUGAAGCCUGAACUGACUCCUGCACAGCCCAUAACAACGCUCAGUAACAAGGGGACAGUGUUGGGAUGGCUGCAGUGCAUGUUCUGUGGGAGGAUGUUUGUUGAGUCAAUGGCAUUUGAUAAUCAUGUGAAGUAUGUGCAUGGAAAGGAAAGCAAGUCUCAUAAUAAACAGGUUUGGCAACCAAGGGCAUUCAAAUUAGGACACAGUUGGAAAUGUGAGCUGUGUCAUACUCAUGACGGAAAUGCAAGCUCUUUCCUUGGGCAUUUGAGGACCCUUCACCACUUGUCAAAUCUUGUCCUUUGGGGUGACUGGGAAAAGACUGGUUACACAGAUGGGCAGUUGCAGUCACCUACUCCAAUUUCUUCCAAAGGUGUUAUUGCUUUUGAAAGGAUUUCUGAUAAUGACCAUUCCCGGUGGUACAUGUUGUGUAUGUUGUGUCGAAGAUGUCUAGAUGCAAAGGACUACUCGGGAAAACUUGUUCGGUCUGGGACAUCUGUUGAGUUCACUAAAUGGGAGGAGUUUUUGAAGCACCUCAUUUCCUACCAUUCUGAUGAAAACGUCACCUCUGAGAUGAUCAAACUUGUACUUUACCUGGUACAGUUAGGCCAUCCGGAUCUUUUGCCUCUCUUGAAAGGUGCUGCUGGUGUUGAAGAGGAAGCUGUCCCUGAGUACUUGUUUCAUUGGCAACCAAGAUGUUUAUGCUAUACUUGUGGUUACAGAGGACAUACAUCUACCAAUUGUCCUUCGACGUUCCCAGCAAAAUCAUUGAAUCAGAAAAAUCAGCAGAAUUCUAAUCUACAGGUUAUAACUGCCCAAUCUAUGAGCGGGGGUGCCAAUAUGACACAAACCGGUGGACAAGGUCAAUAUGCUGGUUGGAACAAUGCUACAUGCAAUGCUCCGGUUUUGGCUACUGCGACAACAUCUGCAUACGAAGGGAAGUUUGCCCAGACUGGUAGUGGUGCACCAUACCCCAAAAAUCUGAAUGAUGCUCAAUCUGCCGAGUAUGGACAACCACAACAAGGAGACAGGGGAAAUCAUGAGAUGUCACGUGAGGACAGUGAAACGCCCCCUAGAGGGAAAAGGAGGAGGCGACAUAGUGAGAGUAGCGAGGAUGGCUAUGAUAGCGAUGAAGCACGUUUGGGAUCGAGGAUCCACCAUGCAGCACGAAGAAGAAGCUCCAGGGAUCAGCAUAGAGAAGGCAGUCUUGACAAAUCAAAGACAUCUAGCUCCUAUUCUGUUGACCCAGGGUGGGGAUCCAAUCCAUAUCAAGAUCACCCAUCCAGUGGGACUAGUUCCUAUCAUCAGGCAUUGUCACAGUAUCGUAGUAUUACUGAUGAGCGACGUAAGGUAUCUAGUUCUCAUGAAGAGAAAAGACUGCGAAGAGAGCGACGGGAGCGUAGCUAUGCCUGUGAUCCUUCACCGGAGGCUUACAUAGAUCCGAGCGGGAAGCAAGUCAUUGACUAUCACAAUAAAGCAUAUUCUCAGCCUGUCGAAGACAUCCCAGUUAAACAGGAAUCGGAUGACCAGGGUAUAACAGAAUCGCCCCCCGCCCCAAAAAUGCCUGACUUUAUGGACUUGGCAAAUAUUCUACAGACUGCGAAUAAACAAUCAGCUCGGAAGCAGCAGCUUCGAGCCCAGGGUAUGACAGAGUUAUUAAAGACAUUAUACAGUAGUAAGGGGGCAUCUCAGUCUACAAGUCGGGCUUCUACAUGUAGUUCUGCUGGUCAGACAAGUCUGAGUGUUUUUGACACAAUGCAGAAGACGAUUCAUAAGAUUCUGCGCGAGGAGAAGAAGAUUGAUCAGCCUGAACCAACAAAAGGCGGGAGCACGAGACUGGCCGUUAUGAAGAUAACUGAGAAGCUGUAUAAAGAAGAGUUUGCUGAGGGCACUGAGCUCGGCAACUUGCUGGUAGAAAGAGUGAUUAAAGAUUUUGUGGCAGUCAAGUCUGCUGGUUCUAUAUCAGAAUCUGGCCCUGCUGGACCAGUAAUAUUGGAUCCUCGAAUACGGGCGGCUGAGGAAGAAAAAGCACAACUGACUGUCCUAAUCCGCCGCCAUGCAGAGGAGUUACGACUGAUACAAGAAGCUAAGAAGCUGGCACAGACGGUGGAUAUGUCGUCGAGUGAGGAGGAGGUGGAUGAGGAGGCCAAGGAAGAGACAUUUGAUCCAUCAGCAGCACAGAAGAAGCUAUUAUUGAUAGCCUACGGGGUGAUUUUGGAUGCUUUGGCACCAGGAGCGAUUCAGACUGAGGAGGAUAGCCAAAUUGCUGCUGAUAUCAUCCUGCAACUCACGCACCACAUGUUUAAUCUACUAAAUCAAAAAGGAAAACAAACCAGCAAUACCAUCGGCCUUCAGGAGAAAUACAUGAUCGUAGGACAGUUGAAAUCUCGCUAUCAGAGCGACCAUGCACUCAUCAAUGCAUUGGAGUGUGCUAUCUGCAUUUCGUUGGAUGUGAUACAUGAACUUUGUAAACUUGACAUUGAUUCGUUGAAUAAGCUGCCAACCAUUCUUGGCGAGCAGCCUGGACUUGCUUACCGGGCAUUCCAAGACGUGAAUUUACUUCAAGAAAUAACAGGUGCUCACUUUGCCAUUGGGUGAAUCUUUCAAACCUGUUAUUUUUUCGCUUCGAAUCCGUGACUGAGAACUCAUUUGGAACUGGGAUAUCUUUGGAAUAGUGCAGUGCCAAUUAAAUCAGCAAUGGGGUGCAGUGAGUCGUACUUAUCCAGUGGUCAUACAGAAAAAUAGGUUUUUGUAUCAGAAAAAUGAGAUGAAAUGAUGACUGUGCAAUAAAUCACGUCUCGCAA